AUGGCGGCAUCGUAUAGCAGGAGGCGAGAAAUUAGACCAAUAGAAAUUACCUCACUGUAUACCAAGGCAACGCAAUAGCAGAUGAUCACAAUUAAAUUGAGUGCUCAUUAGAUCCAAAUGAGAUUUGACGAAUACACUGCGUGAUAAUGACCGUGGAUUUAUUUUGGUUUAAUUGAAUUAUGUUUAUUAAAGGAGAGAGGAUGGAUAUACUAACAAGGGUUAAACUAGUGACCAUACUUGGUCUGUUUCGUCUUCAACACACCAACGGUUGUCCAUUCGGAUGGGAUUUUUAUUACGAGGGAAAGUGUUAUAAAUUGGUGAAAGAGAUCGUUGGUGUAACCACUUCCACAGCUCAGUCCCGCUGCAAUAAGUUUUUCGGUGGAGGCCAUCUUGCGAAAAUUGAAACCAGCGAAGAACUGGAUGAGAUUGGACUACAAAUAGCGAGACGUCGGAGAGUGACAGAGUUGUGGAUAGGUGGCGCUGAGUCCUUAUUAUGGGGCAGAUGGAACAAAGAAACAUAUACAGCUGCUAUUACAAAGAAUGACACCAGAGCGAAGUGUAUCUUCCCAUUCAAGGAUUCGGGAAGUUGGUCUUAUUCCUGCAUACAGAAUGGAACAGAGACGUAUUGUGUCACAGAUAUACGUCCUGAUAAUAUAACUGGGGCUUCUAUCCUUGGAUCGUGCAAUUCAACUGAACUACCACAUGAUAGGAGACUAUCUCUAACUAACAAGCUAUCUACUAUUAAGGCCGUCUACUACAUGAGUGGCCUCAGAACGAAGCAUACGAGGCUAUCUACAUACCUCUGUGAAGUGGAGAUACAAUCACUCGAUCCUACAGAUUGGUCGAUGGUUUUUAAAGCUGUCACUGGUGUGCCAUUCACAACUGGUCUAAAUGACACAUGGUUUAGUAACGCAACCGUGAAUCAGGACCUCCCUCUUCAUCAGCUAUAUUAUAUGGGGACAGACCAGAAGCUGAAUUUUAAAUCGAAUGUCAUCAAUCUGUGGCAUCAGAAAAGAAUCGAAUGGGUCAAAUUAUCUUUAUUUAAAGAUGGUGUGGAAGUCUUUAAUCUCACAUUUCUAACACAGAAUACAAACAGAAAGAAUUGGUUUAAAGCAGAUUUUCUCAUAUAUCCUCGAUUGGAACAUGGGAUUCAUUUUGAGGCUUUCACUGGUCUAUCGACGUUUUUAAUUACUAACCAAAAUGCAGUAGAAGGUAAUUGCUCAAUGGACAGCAUAUUCAUAGUGUCCGACUCACGGCAUUGUAUGAAUGAGGCAGUGCCAUCUUUCUAUUUUAAAGAUACAGACAAUCAACUCAAAGAGGCCGAUGUAUUUACUAUAUCUGUUAUUGAAUCUUGUGCUCGGGGAUGGUACCAUUACCGCGGAAGUUGUUACAAGCGUUUCUUCAAGCUUGCCAAUUAUUGGGAAUCGUCGGAAACUUGUCGUCUACAAGGUGGCCAUCUUCUGUCCGUGACAUCACAAUUUGAAUAUGAUGCCAUGAUUGGUUCUGUUCUAUCACCCGACAACACAAAACUUGUGAACUCCUAUUGGACAGGUCUCAAUGAUAUUGAAAACGAGGGCGACUUCGGGUGGCAAGAUGGCUCCAAAUUAGACAAAUAUGAGGUGUGGGCGACUGAUGAACCAUACAAAAAUAUCACAACGAGUGAAAAUGCAACAUAUAUAAACAAUGAUACAAUUGUUGUAGAUUCCAACGAGACAAAUGUGGAUAAAGACUGUGUAAUGUUUUAUUCCUAUAAUGUUCGCAAUGAAACGAUAUGCUGCUGGAGCUUUAUGGUAUAUUUCUCCUAUCCAGAAUGGAUGACAGCUAACUGUAGCGAGCAACACCACUUUGUAUGUGAAUAUGAACUAGAAAAUAAUAACGGUACAGAGGGUUACAUUACUACCCAGGAGCCCACUACUACGGAACUCACUACAACAGGUCACGUGACUACGGAAACUUCUACGUCAAUACCAUAUAAGAAAAAUAUCACAUUGCUGCCAGCUAUCGUAUGGAAACCUGUAAAACCGAUUGAAUACCCUGUAGAGGAAGCCACUGGUGGAGCUGUUUUUGGAGCCUUCGGAUCAGCUCUUCUCAUAAUAGUUGCUGUAGUCAUAGUUCUAUCAGACUCACAAGCCUUCAUACGUGACUUUUCCCGACUGAAACGAAACCUCAAAGGAUGUUGUGAUAGGCGGAGACAUCAUAAGAAAAAGAAAAAACUUUUGAAUAAAUUAUUCGACAAUGCCAGGGAGAAUGCUGAGUAUGGUAAAGCAUCUAGUGAUGCAGUACAUUUAACGAUGGAGAAUGGCGUUAAAGCAACUGUCGUAUAUGAACUCAGGGAUCCAGAGGAAAGUCGAACCGAUUUUACAAAGGAUCCAAUAUUAUCAAAACUCACAUCGAACGCUAACAAUAUUAAGACUUCAGACUCUAAUGGUGCUUCUGCCAUUCGCCUGGCAAAAGGAGAAAGUUCAUCAAACAAUGGAAAUAGUAAUCUAAAACGUCGUAAAGCGACACCAAACUCAAACGCUCAAAAUGGUUCAAUGAAAAUGCCAGGUCGAGCGAAUCCUAGUUUUAUACACAGUUCACUAUCAUUACAAUCUGCGGCGAAAAGUCCCAUGGUUCAAAAAGAUGGACAGAUUCCUCAUAUGGGACAAGAGAUAUCGCCACAAAAUUCCAGUGAAUCUGGUAUUGGAAGUGACCAAAUAGAUAUGGAAAUAUCAGACGAGCAAAUAAUGAUUCACUUUAAAGACCCCGAUGACAAAGGGGGAGAUAUGGUGUACUAUAAUCAGGAAAUUGACCACAAUCCAAUCCCUUAUCCCCCAGAACCACCGAUUGAUUACGAGACAAAUGAGGACGAGACAACAUCUCAAGAAAAUGUCACUUCCCAAUCCACACAGAACAGUCAACAAGAUAUUGCUGAAUUAAAGAUGGCGCUUGAAUCAACGUUUAGACCUCAAUCAAGGGAGACAUCUGUGAAAGAGGGUGGAGAUGAAAAUGACUGGAAUGAAUGGUUGCGAUGACAGAUAUUAUAUAAUAUGUACGUUUACCAUCAUACAUCUGAAUGUGAAACAUUGAACAUAAAUGUACUUAAACAGCCCUACUGAUAAUUUCAUGAGUUAAUCGACACUGUACUUUGGAUCUUUACACCGAAAGCAAAACAUUGAGUUUACUUGACAUUUGUUAUUCAUAUACAUAUAGGAGACCUUCCAAAUGAAUAUUGCAGGUUUUCGCUAAACAGUUCUAUCGA